AUGUCUACCAAAGCACCGCCGUCGCAAACCGAUGACACGGCGCCUUCGACAACCUCAACAACCUCAACAACUGCAACCCUUGGAAACCCCGAAUGUGAUGCCCAAAUCAUGCAAAAUAAUCAGGUCAUGAAAGAAGAAACAGAAAGGCCUGAUUCUGGCGUUCAUGAUGACCUCGGUGACACUCGCCCCGGCGGCUUCACUUUGUUGAUGACCGUCGCAGCUCUAGCCAUGAGCAUGUUCCUGACGAUUGUGGCAACCGCGAUUCCAAAGAUGACGGAUGAAUUUGGUGGAAUUAAGGACGAGGGGUGGUAUGGAUCCGCAUUCUUCAUCACCCUGGGCAGUUUUCAGGCAGCAUGGGGCAAGGCGUACAAAUACUUUCCUUUGAAAAUAUCGUUCUUGAUAUCCAUUUUCAUUUUUGAGGUUGGAAGUUUGAUCUGCGGCAAGUUUUCUCUCCCAAUUAGUAUUGCACUGAUCGUAGGGCGGGCUAUUACUGGCGUUGGAGGCGCAGGCAUUUCCUCAGGCGCAUUUACCAUCAUCGCUCUGUCCGCUCCACCGAAACAGCGCCCUGCUUAUAUUGGAAUCCUGGGUGCCUCUUAUGGAAUUGCCGCAGCUAUUGGUCCUCUAGUCGGAGGUGCCUUUACCAGCAAUGUCACUUGGCGAUGGUGUUUCUAUAUCAAUCUGCCCAUUGGUGGACUUGCAGCUGGUAUUAUUUUACUGUUCUACUGCGCCCCUCCGCCCCUGCCGUUCCUAGAUGCCCCAUUGAAAGAAAAGGUUCUUCAAAUGGAUCUGGGUGGUACUUUAUUGCUACUGUCUGCUCUGGUAUGCUAUGUUCUUGCUCUGCAGUGGGGUGGAAUCUCGCUACCUUGGAGUGACUCCAAAGUUGUUGGCACUUUGGUUGGAUUCGCAUUGCUAUUGAUUGUCUACGGCAUUGUACAAUGGAUACAGAAGGAACGUGCAGCAAUGAUCGGGCGUCUUUUCCGGCGAAACGUGAUUAUCACCAUGAUCUAUAUCGACUUACUGGCAGGUACAUUUUUUUUGCUUGUUUACUAUCUACCCAUCUAUUUCCAAGUUGUUUCUGGCGUAUCUGCUGCUCAGAGCGGUAUCAGGAACUUGCCCUUGAUUCUUGCUCAGAGUGUUGCAACUGUGGUGUCAGGUGUGACUCUUAGCAAAUAUGCAUACCCGCAGCCCUUCCUCCUAGCCGGGGCGGCACUCGCAGCAAUCGGCUCAGGUUUGCUUUACACCCUUGAGAUUAAUACUGGAUCUGGCAAAUGGAUUGGAUAUCAGCUACUAACUGGUAUUGGCAUUGGAUGGUGCUUCCAAGUUCCCGUGGUCACUGCACAAGCAUCCGUCAAGCCGGAAGACUUGCCAUCUGUGACGGCCAUGGUUUUGACUGUGCAAACAAUUGGAGGGUCUCUCUUUGUAAGCGCUGGUCAAUCAGCUAUGGUCAACGUUUUGCUCAAUGUUCUCCGUGGAGAGACUUCAACCGUCGAUGCCUCCAAAGUUGCGAUGACAGGCGCAACUGAGCUGCGUGAAGUCUUCUCUUCCGAGCAAAUGAGUUUUAUCCUCGGUGCAUAUAUGCAAGGUCUUCAGGCAGCAUUCCUGGUGGCCGUUAUCGCAUCUUGUUUGGCCACUGUGGCCUGUAUGGGUAUACAAUGGAAGAAGCUUUCGGGGGCGGUUACUGUUGCAUCAGCCGCCUGA